AUGGACGAAAGAGAGCUAAGAAGACUUCUGCAGACGAAAAAUGGAUGUCGUGUGCCAAUUAUGCGGCCUAUACCCGAUGUACAACAGCUGGACAGACUGCCGUUCACACCGCUUCCACCUUAUAAUCGGAUCAAGGACAAACAAGAGAGUUUUCGCAAAAUUCUCGAGAAAAAGGCUACAGAGAGAAAAAUAGAGAUAGCUCGGCCACCCCUGGAGCGACGCGAACGUGAUCGACUGGAGAUUUCACAGUCGCGUCACAUCGCAGUCUUGAGAGACUGCGCUCAGAACAUCAAACCACCGCCUAUGUCCAAAGACUGGGAGAGGAAAAUAUGCAGCCUCGUGCCCUCCAAACUACGUCACACAUUUCCAAUCCUCAUGGAUGAACUCAUUAACGAGAGCAAACAGGAGUGGAACCGCAACCUUCACGACCUGGCGGUUAAAACCAUCAUCAGAGAACAGCCCGGAGUUUCCAGGAUACGAUAUCAGGAACCCUAUUUCAAAUAUAAUGGCAUUACAGAAAAUUACGACAAAAUGCUUAAAUUUCGCAAGAAACUGGUUGACGGGGCACUUAUAUUACAUCCGUUUAUUAGACUCGUGUUAGAAUCCUCGGAAAGGAUUUUCCCCGAUCAUAUCAUUGAUUUAGCAAAAUAUAGAGCGAAAGGUGCAAUUACACUGGAUGAAUUUCAUGCAAAAAUUUUAGAAGAAAUCCGACGCGCUGAUUAUUUGGUUUCCAGCACUUGGUAUGGGAUCCUUGUCCAGUGGCUCAAAAAUCCGAGAUGUCUGCGAGGAAUGCGUCAGAAGAAAAUACCAGAUUUUGUAAGAUGUGCUACCAAAAUGAUAGCAAUGCAGAUUCAGGAACUUAUGCGAAGAUCUAUAGAAGCUAUUAUAGAUGAUCUCAAGGAUCCAGAAUCUGUUCUUAUAUUGAAUUUAGAUCUUGAUUUCGACGGCGAAUUUAUCUACGAUCCAUCACUCAAAUCAGUUUAUGAAGUGUUUCAUAAUAUUGCUGAUGCAAUAUGUCAUAUGUCGCAAAGACUAAUGCCUAUAGAACAGUACCUUAGAAUACCAUAUAACUUUGACGCUUUGCCGGUACAAUAUAACGCUUGGCUAUACAGAGAUAGCCAUGAAAGAUUACAAAAGCAAUUAGAUGUGGUGUUCGAGCCACUACUUCUUUAUUUAGAUAAGUUACGAAAAGAAUACAGUAUGCUUUAUGGUGCUCCGGCAAAGGAAGCGCUGCUCAAGUUCAUUGAAGCGGAAGAAAAAUUUGAAAUUUGUCGAGAUAAAAUAAAAUAUUUUCAAGGAAUAGAUUCCGAGAUCACUGCUAUUAUUGAAAAUGAAUAUUUUAACUGUGCAACUGUUAAUCAGCUCCGAAUGGUGGAUGGUUUGAAACGGAAAGCACUGGAAUUCGUAAAUGAUCUAAUAGCAGGUAUAAUCAGCGCACACAUUAGAGAAAACGAAAGCAUAUGUGCUGCAUUCGAAGAAAUCAAAGCAACUGCUCUUAAAGAACCAGCAAAUGCUGUAGAAUUAAUAGAACAAGGAGUUUAUAUACUCCAUGCAAAAACAGUAUUAGUUGAAGCAUUGAAAGAAAGGAUCAUGGUCCAAAUUAACAUUAUCUCCAAUUUACUAGAAAUGACUUCACUGACAGAAGAACAUGUCGCGUCAAAUACUCGGACUGUUAACUGGCUCAAAGAUAUAAAGCCAAUAUUUGAAAGAAAUGCAGCAGCUUACGAAUCCCACAAAGCUGACAUGGAAGAAAAUCUACUAGCUAAAAUUGCUUACCUGAACAAUGAAGUUGUAGAAAUGAUACCAUAUUUAGAGCUUUUAGACAGUAUGGAUGAUAUUAACCACACUCUUGAAUAUCUAGAAUAUCUUAGAAAACUUGUACAUCGAUUGGACGAUUGUGAUAAACUUGUAUCUUGGAUAAAUACUGAAGAAGCAACAUUCAAGUUUCCAAUUACAAGCUAUCCUGACCUAGAAGAAUUAAAAGAUUAUAUUAAACCUUUCCAUAGCCUUGUAUUCUUGGUUCAUAGAUGGAAACGUAGCUAUUAUACAUGGAUGGAUGGCCCUUUUGAAUAUAUGGAUCACAAUCAGAUAGAACAAGAUCAUGACUUUUAUUAUAAAGAGUUUCUAAAGAUCUCAAAAAAUUAUAGAAACAGAAUAAAACAACAAAUUGCUGAAGGCGUGGAGAAACGUUUCCAAGGAAUGGUGGAUGAUCUUGAUGUCAAUAAUCUUCCAGCGCCAAUGAAAUUAUGUGCACAAGCAGUUGCUGAAACAAAGGAAUGGAGACCUAAUGUACAGAUGGCCCACAUAAUGUGCAAUCCAGCGUUGGUACAAAGACAUUGGGAUGAAAUGUCUACCAUUGCCGGAUUCGAUUUGACUCCAACAGCAGGUACAACGUUGCGAAAGAUAAUAAACUUUAAUCUAUGGGAAGAUAUCGAUCAAUACGAAAUUAUAAGUGUAGCAGCGACAAAAGAACUUGCCCUUAUAACCAAUCUAAACAAAAUGAUGGCGGAAUGGACUGAUAUAUGCUUUAAGACCAAUCCAUAUAAAGAUACAGGGAUAAAUAUACUCACCGCGCUUGACGACAUUCAAUGUGUUUUAGACGAUCAUAUCGUCAAAACGGUGGGAAUGCGAGGUUCAGCAUUUGUCAAGCCUUUCGAAACUCAAGUAAAAUCUUGGUAUGAAAAAAUUGUAAGAACUAAUCUGACCAUAGACGAAUGGGGUAAAGUACAAAGUCAGUGGUUGUACUUGUUACCUAUAUUUUCUUCAAAAGACAUAGUUGCUCAAAUGCCUGAAGAAGGAGUGAUGUUCACUGAAGUAAACAACACAUAUCGCAGGUACAUGAGUUGUGUGGAAAAAGAUCCACAUGCGCUUGAGCUAGCUGGAGCACACGGCGUAUUGGAAGCAUUUAAAGUUGCAACAGCAUUACUCGAAAAAAUUAACGAUGGCGUGAACAACUAUCUAGAAAAGAAACGACUGUAUUUCCCAAGAUUCUUCUUUCUGUCUAACGACGAAAUGUUGGAAAUAUUAUCGGAGACGAAAAAUCCUCUUAAAGUCCAACCUCAUUUAAAGAAAUGUUUCGAAGGGAUUCAUAAAUUGGUAUUUGACGAAGAAUUUAAUAUAUCUGCUAUGAUCUCUAUGGAAACCGAACAGGUGGAGUUCCUCGAGAUAAUCAGUGUUCAAGCAGCUAGGGGAUCUGUGGAAAAGUGGUUAGUGCAAGUCGAAGACCAAAUGCUAAAAGCUGUAAGAUCAGAAACGGAAUUAUCUUAUUACGACUACCCAAACAUGACUCGUGUAGACUGGAUACUUUCAUGGGAAGGAAUGGUCGUGUUAGCUAUAUCUCAAAUUUAUUGGGCUGUUGACGUUCACGAAGCUCUACAAACACAUAAAUUAAGCGAGCUAGAAGCAUUUCAUGACUCUUUGACCAAACAGCUUAAUGAAACUGUAGCUGUAAUUCGACGUACCGAUUUGACUAAAUUAAGCAGUAUUACAAUAAAAGCCCUUAUUGUAAUCGAUGUACACGCCAAAGACGUCAUAUUUGAAUUAGUUGGUAAAAAUGUUACUGAAGUUACAGAUUUCCAAUGGCUAGCACAACUUCGUUAUUACUGGGAAGAUGAGAAAGUUGGUGUGAAGAUUAUAAAUGCCGUUGUGGCAUAUGCAUACGAAUACUUAGGUAACACUGAUCGAUUGGUUAUAACACCAUUAACUGAUCGAUGUUACCGAACGUUAAUAGGUGCGUACUAUCUUCAUUUAAAUGGCGCUCCUGAAGGCCCUGCGGGGACGGGAAAAACAGAAACUACAAAAGACUUGGCAAAGGCAUUAGCCGUUCAAUGUGUUGUAUUUAAUUGUUCUGAUGGAUUGGAUUACAAAGCAAUGGGUAAAUUUUUCAAAGGUUUGGCUUCUUGUGGUGCUUGGGCGUGUUUUGAUGAGUUCAAUAGAAUAGAUGUUGAAGUGCUCUCUGUCAUAGCGCAACAAAUUCUGUGCAUAGUUCAAGCAGUUAGACAAAAGUUAGAAACCUUUGAUUUUGAAGGCACGACACUUACUUUAAAUCCAGCUUGCUAUGUCUGCAUCACCAUGAAUCCGGGCUACGCGGGUCGUUCUGAGUUACCUGAUAAUCUAAAAGUACUAUUUCGUACAGUUGCAAUGAUGGUUCCAGAUUAUGCAAUGAUAGGCGAAAUUUCUUUGUAUUCUUUUGGCUUUGUUGAUGCCAGAAGUUUAUCUGUAAAAAUAGUCACAACUUAUAGAUUAUGUUCUGAACAAUUAUCCUCACAAAAUCAUUAUGACUAUGGAAUGCGAGCUGUCAAGACUGUUUUGUCGGCUGCUGGUAAUUUGAAAAGAGCAUUUCCUAAUGAAAGUGAAUCUAUUCUACUUCUUCGAUCCAUUACAGACGUUAACUUACCAAAAUUCUUGUCUUGCGAUGUACCUCUAUUUGAAGGCAUAAUAUCUGAUUUAUUCCCUGGAAUCACACUACCAAAACCAGAUUACGUAAACUUUUUAGACGCAUGCAAUACUACCUGUGAAAGAAACAAUUUACAACCAAUGGAUUGCUUCCUUCUCAAAGUAAUACAAAUAUUUGAAAUGAUGAUUGUGAGACAUGGAUUCAUGAUAGUUGGCGAUCCUUUUUCUGGCAAAUCAAUGACCUUGAAAAUACUAUCCGAAUCGCUAACAUUGAUGUACGAAAGAGAUCAACCUGGCGGAGCGGAAUGUACUUAUAAAGUGUUAAAUCCUAAAGCAGUCACCAUGGGUCAGCUCUACGGAGCUUUUGAUCCAAUUUCCUAUGAAUGGACGGAUGGUAUAGUAGCCACUAUGUUCAGAGACUUUGCUUCAGAUGAUACUCCCGUUAAAAAAUGGAUAGUAUUUGACGGUCCUGUAGAUGCAGUGUGGAUUGAAAAUAUGAAUACUGUUUUAGAUGAUAAUAAAAAACUGUGUUUAACAUCGGGUGAAGUGAUGGCUAUGUCUAAUGUUAUGUCCAUGAUAUUCGAGGUUAUGGACUUAUCUCAGGCCUCUCCUGCCACUGUAUCUAGAUGUGGCAUGAUAUACAUGGAAUCAGUUUCGCUAGGAUUUAGACCGUUUUAUCAAUCAUGGUUGAACACACUGAAUCCUAUAUGGUAUGAAGAAAAUGAAGAAUUCAUUUAUUCUAUGUGUGAUUGGUUAUUUGAUCCAUUAGUGUAUUAUGUGAAGAAGGAAUGUACUCAAUUAGUGACUGGCGGAGACGUAAAUUUAGUCGUAAGCACGCUUCGGCUCGUAGUAAUGUUUAUGGAUAAUGCGAUCAAGGGUGAAGAAGAUACAAGACACACAAGAACCUGGUUUAUCGCUUCAUUCAUGAGUGCCUUAGUUUGGGGUAUUGGCGGAAUACUUGACACUGAUUCUCGAGAAAAGUAUGAUUUGUUGAUAAAAGAAUAUUUUAAGGGAGAAAAGGGUUUGCCUCCUAACAUAGAUCGCCUUGAUGUCUCGGUUCCAUCUGAUGGGAUGCUUAUUGACCAUUUUUACAUGUAUAAAGGUAAAGGUUGUUGGAAACCAUGGAUGGAAACUGUAAAAAAUGUAGUUGUGAAAGAACAAAUAAAUUUACUCCAAUCUGUUAUACCCACCCUGGAAACAGAAAAAUACUAUGCGCUAUUGGAUUUGCAUACAAAAUUCAUGCAGCCUUUACUCUUGAUUGGACCAACGGGCACAGGAAAAAGUUUUAUCGUGCAAAACUUUUUGAUGAAUCGUAUUUCUAUAGAUCUGUACACACCAGGAUUUAUAACGUUUACAACUACAACUUCCGCCAACCAAACUCAAGAGUUAGUUAUUUCAAAACUAUACAAAAGAAGAAAAAAUAAUUAUGGGCCAUCGAAAGGAAAAAAGGCUAUAAUAUUUAUUGAUGAUAUGAAUAUGCCUGCUAAAGAAACGUAUGGUGCUCAACCUGCAAUAGAAUUACUAAGAUUGUAUUUCGAUCAAAAACAUUGGUAUGAUUUAAAAACGACUGAUAAAUUAUAUAUACAUGACACAUUUUUCUACGGUGCAAUUGGACCUGUUGGUGGUAGUCGACAACUUAUUUACCCAAGAAUGCUGAGACAUUUUAAUAUCUACUCAAUAAAUGUAUUUUCUAAAGAAAGUAUGACUAAAAUUUUCAUGACUUUGUUACAAUUAGGCUGGAAGAGAAAUGGAUUUGGUCAGGAUGUACAGCCGUUUAUUAUUAACAUCAUAGCAGCUACGAUGGAUAUAUAUGAUAAUGCUACAGAAGGACUGAGACCAACUCCUGCAAAGUCGCAUUACACUUUUAACUUGAGAGAUUUUUCAAGAGUCAUUCAAGGAUGUGCGCUGUUACGAAAGGAAUCUGCCGAUAAUAAAAAGACUUUCGUAAAAGUUUGGGUCCACGAAAUCAUGCGUGUUUUCUAUGAUAGACUCGUGGAUGAUGACGAUCGUGCUUGGUUUUUUGAAGUGUUGAAAAAGUCAACAAAGGAUUUCAUGAAAGACACCUUUGAAAAUGCUUUAGAUAUUUAUCAAAAUGAUAGAGGGGAUGUGACUCGUGAUACUAUUAAAUCUAUGAUGUUUGGUUGUUACCUAGACACAGAUAGUUUAGAAGGUGAACGACGGUAUGAAGAAAUGCCAUCAAAGGAAGCCGUAUUGAACGUGGCACUCGCAAUGCUGACCGAAUAUAAUGCAAUGCAUAAAGCAAAAAUGACCAUUGUACUAUUUGACUACGCGUUGGAACACUUGUCAAAGAUUUGUCGGCUUUUAUGCAUGCCUUCAGGAAAUGCUUUACUGGUAGGUGUUGGUGGUUCUGGAAGACAGUCACUUACACGUUUAGCUAGCACUGUUUUAGGCCAGCAAAUAUUUCAGCCUGAGAUAACGAAAACUUACAGUGUUAAGGAUUGGCAUGAUGAUAUCAAACUAGUUCUUCGUGAAUCUGGUGGCCUGAAUAAAGAUACAACCUUCUUAUUCACUGAAAGUCAGAUUAAAGAAGAAGUCUUUAUACAAAACUUAGACAGUUUGCUUAACUCGGGUGAGGUUCCAAAUUUAUAUGGCCUGGACGAAAAACAAGAAAUUCUCGAAUUGGUUCGUUUAGGGGCACAAGGUGGUAACAGAAAUCUUGAUAUAAGCCCUUUGCAGAUUUUAGCCUUUUUUGUGGGUCGUUGCAAAGCAAAAUUGCACAUUGUAUUGUGUUUUAGUCCAAUAGGAAGUUCCUUUAGAACAAGGUUACGACUUUAUCCAUCGUUGGUAAACUGUUGUACCAUUGAUUGGUACGAUAACUGGCCCGAAGAUGCAUUAGAAAUGGUUGCUCAUUAUUAUAUGGUAAAAGUCAAUGUACCUGAUAAAGUAAAAGCAUCUGCCGUAAUUGCUUGUAAACAAUUUCAUGUAGAUGCCCGAGUUAUAUCUCUAGAAUUCUAUAAUACACUUGGUAGAAAAACAUAUAUUACAUCAGCAUCUUAUUUAGACCUAAUAAAAUCAUUCACCUCGUUAACUAAUAAAAAACAGAGAGAACUAAGGGCUGCCAAAAUGAGAUAUACUAAUGGUUUAGACAAACUAGGUCAAGCAGCUGAUGCAGUAGCAAUUAUGCAACGCGAUUUGAACGCAUUGAAGCCUCAGCUUAUGAUCAUGGCUGCAAAAUCAGCUAAAAUGAUGGAGGAAAUAGAAAAGGAAACUGCAAUUGCUGACAAAGCAGCCGCUCAAGUGAGGGAGGAUCAAAAAGUUGCGAACGUUCAAGCAGCAGCUGCACAAGAACUCAAAAAAGACUGUGAAGCUGAUUUAGCUCUAGCAUUGCCAAUCUUAGAAGAUGCUAUUGCAGCUUUAAAUACUUUAAAACCAGCUGACAUAACUAUUGUGAAGUCUAUGAAAAAUCCUCCAAGUACAGUGAAAUUAGUCAUGGCUGCAGUAUGUGUGAUAAAAGGUAUCCCGCCUGAUAAAAUACCCGACCCAGCCAAUCCUGGCAAAAAAAUUUUAGAUUAUUGGGGUCCUAGUAAAAGAAUAUUAGGAGAUAUGAGCUUUUUGGAAUCGCUAAAAAACUUUGACAAGGAUAAUAUCCCCAUUGCCGUUAUGCAAAAAAUUCGGAAAGAGUACCUUUGUCAUAAAGAUUUUAAGCCUCAUAUUAUUGCUAAAGCUUCAGCGGCCGCUGAGGGACUAUGUAAGUGGAUUAUUGCUAUGGAUAUGUACGAUGCCGUUGCUAAAGUCGUAGCCCCCAAGAAAGCAAAAUUAGAAGCUGCGGAAAAAGAAUUUGCGGAAACAAUGGCCAUUUUAGAAGAAAAGAAAGCUCUAGUAGCAAGAUUAGAAGCUAGGUUGGCCGAAUUAAACGAAGCUUUAGAAGAGGCCAAUCUUAAAAAGAAAGCCCUAGAAGACGAAGUGCAACUGUGUAUUGAUAAAUUGGCUAGAGCUGAAAAGUUGCUCGGUGGCUUAGGAGGUGAAAGAGUGCGGUGGACAACCGCUGCAGAAAAUUUACAGAUUUUGUUUGAUCACUUAGCAGGAGACAUUCUAGUGUCGUGUGCGAUAAUGGCUUAUUUGGCUCCAUAUACAUUACCUGUCAGAACUAAAAUGAUUGAUCAGUGGCGGGAAUUAGUAAUAAAAUUAAAUAUGCCACACUCCGAACACUUUGUAUUCAAAGACGUUUUAGGUACCGAUAUAAAGAUACAAAAUUGGUGCAUUGCUGGCCUACCACGAGAUUCGUUUUCCGUCGAUAAUGGUGUGAUACAAGAUAAUUCAAUGAGAUGGUCUUUGAUGAUUGAUCCGCAAGGCCAAGCAAAUAAAUGGAUAAAAACUAUGGAAAAGGCUAAUGAUUUACAAGUAUUGAAAUUUUCAGAUGGCAAUUACAUGAAAGUUAUUGAGACUUGUUUAGAAUACGGUAAACCUGCACUUAUAGAGUGCAUUCUCGAGGACGUGGAAGCGCCAUUAGACCCGGUUCUUUUAAAAAAUACAUACACUCAAUAUGGUAAAGAAUUUAUUGCUCUCGGAGACAAUGUUAUAGAAUACCACCCAAACUUCAGGCUAUACAUGACAACUAAAUUAAGGAACCCACAUUAUUUGCCGGAAGUUUUUAACAAAGUCACCUUAAUCAACUUUGCUUUAACUAAAGAUGGAUUAGAAGAUCAACUUCUAGGCAUAGUAGUAGCAAAAGAAAGGCCAGAUUUACAAGAAAAAAGAGAAAAAUUGAUAGUUCAAAGUGCUGGUAAUCGAGCCGCAUUGAAGCAAGUAGAAGAUGAUAUCCUACGCACCUUACAAGAAACGAAAGGCGAUAUAUUGGAAGAUGAAACUGCUGUUGAAGUUCUGGACUCGUCAAAACUUUUAGCUGUAGAUAUUAUGAAGAAACAAGAAGCAAGUGUGGAAACCGAGGUGAUAAUAGAAAAAUUCCGGCUUGGUUAUAGACCCAUUGCUUCUCAUUCCGCUGUAUUGUAUUACUGUGUCACGGAAUUGCCUAACGUUGAUCCGAUGUAUCAAUACUCCCUGGUUUGGUUUAUUAAUCUUUACAUAAUUUCAAUCGAAAACGCUAAUAAAUCUAAAGAUUUAGAUAAAAGGUUGAAGUUUUUAAAAGAAACCUUCACCUAUAACUUAUACAGUAACGUUUGUAGAUCACUCUUUGACAAGGACAAGUUAAUGUUUUCAUACGUUAUGUGUUCUAAAAUGAUGCUUGCUUCGGGGGAAAUGAAUUUAGAGGAACACGUUUUCCUUAUAACUGGUGGUAUAGCUAUCGAAAACACGAAGCGGAAACCCGUUGAAUGGUUACCAGAUAAAAGUUGGGAUGAAGUUUGCCGCAUAAGUGAUUUACACAGCUUUGCGGGUUUUCAAGAAGAUUUUGUGAGAAACAUUACCAAGUGGCAAGAAGUUUAUGACGACAUGGAACCACAUAAUAAAAGCCUUCCUGGAGUGUGGGAUACUAAGUUGACUCAAUUUCAAAAAUUGUUAAUUGUCCGAAUUUUAAGACCUGACAAAUUAACAAUUGCAAUUUCAGAUUUUGUAGAAAGGCAAAUGGGACGUAAAUAUAUAACACCGCCGCCUUUCGAUAUCGGCAAAUCUUUUGGAGAUUCAAAUUGUCUCGCACCUUUAAUAUUCAUAUUGUCUCCAGGCUCAGAUCCAAUGGGAGCAUUGAUAAAAUAUUGUGAGAGAAUGGGAUAUUCACAUAGAUUCAACUCUAUAUCGUUGGGACAAGGACAAGGGCCGAUUGCGCGAGCAAUGAUUGAAAAAGCACAGCUUGAAGGGGGCUGGGUAUGUUUGCAAAAUUGUCAUUUAGCGGUAUCAUGGCUUCCAGCUCUUGAAAAACUCAUCGAAGGUUUUGAUUUAACUAACACCGAUUUAAGCUUUAGAUUGUGGCUGACUAGCUAUCCGUCUGACAUGUUUCCACAAGCCGUUUUACAAGUUGCAGUUAAAAUGACAAAUGAACCACCUACAGGAUUACAACACAACUUAAACCGUUCGUAUAUUUCAGAGCCUGUAAAAGAAACCGAAUUUUUCGAAGGCUGCCCAGGCAAGGAUAAAACAUUUAGUAAGCUUUUAUAUGGCAUUAGCUUUUUUCAUGCUGUAGUACAAGAAAGAAAAAAGUUUGGUCCAUUAGGAUGGAAUAUUCAAUACGGGUUUAAUGACUCUGAUUUUCAAAUAUCAGUGAUGCAGUUACAGAUGUUUUUAAACCAAUAUGAAGAAAUUCAGUACGUAGCUAUUAAAUACUUGACCGGUGAAUGCAAUUACGGCGGUAGAGUGACUGAUGAUUGGGAUCGCCGUUUAAUUGUUACAAUAUUAGACAACUACGUUAACGCUAAUGUCGUUAAUGAUCCAAAUUACACAUUUUGUGAUAUUGGCCCCCAAUAUGGUUUGCCACGAAGGUGUGAAUAUCAAGAUUACUUGAAGCAUAUUGAAACUGUUCCAGUUAAUCCGCCCCCCGAAGUGUUUGGACUGCAUAUGAACGCAGGAAUAACACGUGAUUAUACAACUUCCAUGGAACUAACUCAAGCUUUGGUUCUUGUUGAAGGAGGUGGCGGCGGCGGUGAGGGAGGAAAUACUGAAGCAAUUCUUGUUCACAUGGCCGCUGAAAUUCUUUCCAAGCUACCAGGCAAGUUUGACUUGGAAACCGCACAAAAGAAAUACCCCGUUGAUUAUAGUGAAUCGAUGAAUACAGUGUUAAUUCAAGAGAUGGAACGGUUUAACAAAUUGUUGAAUGAGAUAAAGACAUCUUUAAUGGAUUUGCAAAAAGCUGUAAAAGGUCUUAUCGUGAUGUCUUUAUCAUUGGAUUUGCAAUCUAAUGCUAUGUUACUGGGAAGAAUUCCAGAUAAUUGGCGAAAAGUCUCAUAUCCUAGUUUGAAACCACUGCCUAGCUAUGUUACAGAUUUCGUAGAACGUUUGGAAAUGCUGGAUAACUGGUAUAAAAAUGGGAAACCAUCUACGUUUUGGCUGUCAGGGUUCUUUUUCACUCAGGCCUUUCUGACUGGAUCAGUCCAAAACUACGCUAGGGAAAAGAAGAUUCCUAUUGAUUUACUAAUUUUUGAUUUUGAGGUACGUAGAGUUGAUUAUGAAAAAGUUCCCCCAAAAUCAGGCGUUUAUGUGGAGGGACUCUUCAUGGACGGAGGCCGUUGGGAUCGGAAUUUGUAUACAAUUGCGGAACAAUUUCCAAAAAUAUUGAAUGACAAUUUGCCAGUUGUGUGGCUAUUUCCCAAAUUAAAAGGUGAGUUUGAGGAAGGGGAUAGGUACAAAUGCCCAUUAUACAAAACCUUAGAGAGGAAAGGGGUGUUGGCUACAACCGGUCAUUCCUCUAAUUUCGUAUUAGCAUUUUAUUUGCCGUCUGAUAAACCAUCAGCCCAUUGGAUUAAGCGAAGUGUCGCAUUGUUACUUCAGCUCGACAAUUAAAGGGAUAUUUUUCGUAUCGUAUCUAAUAGGCAUUGAUGGUUUUCGACAGAUUUAUACGUAAUUGCAGAUAGCAUGGAAGGCGCGCGGACUAUAUAUGAUUGUGUGAUAUAUUUUAAUAAUUAUUUAACUUAUUAUUUUUGUGGAUAUUGUAUGUAUGUAACUUUACGAACAGACUGUUUCUUAGCCACGACUGAUUGACGAUGGUGACAAACAAUGACUGGAUCUAACAUAUGUACUGCCUUGUGGUACAAUAAAAAUAGUCUGUAGUAAUCCAUCCAGUGUUAUAUAAUCUACAUAAUAUAAUCUUUGUAGUUUCCACUAAAGU